CCCUUUCUUUCCCGACGCGGAGGCGAAGAGGAGAGAGGCUGCCGGGCGGGAAGGGCGCGGCUCGCCCCAGCGGAGGGUGAGCGAGCGAAUUUUUGUGGGUUGGCACCCUUCUUCUCUCAAAGCUCCACUUCAGCAUGGCCUCAGGAAAUGGCAAUGACCCAACAGACAGGAGGAGGACGGAGAGACGCAGAUCAUCCAUGGAAACUGCAUCAGAAGACCAGGUGGCUCAGGAGACGGAGGAGGUGUUCCAGAGCUACGCUUUCUACCGGUAUCAACAGGAGCGGGAGCAGACUGAGGGGGAUGUGCCACAUGACCCAGAAAUAGCUGAGGUCCCACAUGAGCCAAAUAGCACAAAUUGCCUGGUGGGCAGGCGCCUGGCCACUAUUGGUGACGACAUCAAUGCCCGCUAUGACAAGGAGUUCUCGGAAAUGUUGAAGUCACUCCAGCCAACAAAGGACAACGCCUAUGAGUACUUUAUUAGAAUAGCCAGCAGUUUGUUUGAAAGUGGCAUAAACUGGGGCCGUGUGAUAGCACUGUUGGGCUUUGGCUACAGGAUGGCAAUCCAUGUAUACCAGCAUGGGAUAACUGGAUUCCUGAGGAGAAUUGCACGCUACAUGGCUGAUUUUGUUCUCCGCAACCGCAUCGCCCGGUGGAUUGCCCAGCAGGGCGGAUGGGUGGCAGCAUUGGACUUAAGCAACGUGUACUUGAAGUAUGUGCUGAUAAUGGCGGCUGUGAUCUUGCUAGGCCAGUUUGUGGUGCGGCGCUUCUUCAACCCAUGACAGGAAAGGAGAGGCUGCUGGCCCCAGUUGCCGGCCAGUCUUGGACUCACUGCUCUGCAGUGAUCAUUUUGAAGAGAGGAGAAAUCCAAAAACAACCAAAGGAAGCCAGAUGUGCUUUACCAGCUUCUGCUCCAGAAUUGUCACCAGUUUAUUAACCAUCCACAUGGAGACUAAAAAAAAAAGCAAAUCCAGAGCAUAGUAUUUUACAAAAUGGGUGGAAGUGAGCAUAGGAAAGGAUGUAAUCACUUUGAGAGGUUUCAGGGGCCAGUGUUGUGAGAAGGCAAAAGGGAUACAUUUUCCUCCAGAAACUUCCUUAAGAAGAAUGAAUUUUCUCCCCCAAACUUACAACGUUCUCAGGGCCAGUUGAACCCUCGCCCCUCUGAAAAGCAGGUGCAUGAGCCCCACGUAAUGUGGCUGCUUGCUCCCCCUGAAUGUGUUGAGAUCAAUCUUUUAACAUCCACUAGCUUUUCUAUCACUGAAAUAAUUAUGUGGCUUUUAAUUGUGUAAACCUAUCUGUAGAUUUAUCUGAAGAUCAUGUGUGUACUUAGCACCAUCUUGAAAGGAUGUGGGAAAAACCUGUAGCCCAUAGUCUUCAUCCUUCCUACAGGGAGUUGGACUCCAACUGCAGGGGGCUUUAUACCACCACAGUCCCAGCUAAACCGAAUGAAAUAAAUCCCCUCUAUAAUCUCCAAUCAGAUAUGAUGGAGAGAAUUCAGUUCGCACCCUCAACUGAUAUUGACUUCCAGCCAUCUCUGGAAGUGCUUGCUGAAAGUCCUGUUGCUUUCUCUGGUCCAAAGAUGGCCAGUGGGAAGAAGAACACAUAAUCUCAAGAUCCUGCUUCUAUCAGACCUUUCAAAUGCAAGGAAGCCAAAAUUGGACCCUCAGCCAAACUUGCAAGCAGUAGCCAAGUCCUAAUUAGGACUUAGACAGUUCUGGCUGAGAGCACUAUGAAGUCUUUCACCAUUUCUUCAUGCAAAGAGGGAAUGCAUAGAGUGAACUGGAAUCUUAGCCAAAGUAGAAGGUUGAAAUGUUUUUGCCCAGUUGUGCCAAGGCAUAGCCACUAAGUACCACUGGGUGGGUUUCUGGACCACACCAGGAAGUCAUUCCGUAACCCUGCUCUGAGAUCUGUGUAUAUGCCAGAAGAGUGUGUACCUAAUGCAUUUUCAAGAAUGGAGUGGAUUUUUGCAAUAAUGUUACAUAUGAACUUCUCCUCCAUCCACCUAAUGACUUCAUAAGACAGAUGUAGAACUCUGUGGAGCUCUA